CCCAGACAUGUUGGAUGUGUUCCGAAAUACAUGCCUGUACACACAUGCACGUGUGCAUGCUCAUGCUUCUGCAGUUUAAAACAAACACUCAUGCAAACAUUCACACAGGAUCUCUGUAUAUUGGCAGUGCAUGUGUUUGUUUAGUUUGAUAAAGUGGGAGUUCUUCACACUAACGAAAUCAAAGGUCAUGUGAGCCUACCCCACCUCCGCAGCUCCCCCAAAGCAGAAGUCUAAUGAUACCGUAUACUGUGUGCUUCUGUGAAAGACGGGGCUUCCACGUCUCAUUAUUCUGAAGUGCCGUCAUUAUGUCCCACGUGGGUUUUAUACUACGAAGCUGCGGGGUUUUUUUGUUCAGCAGCUGAACUAAAGGUUUUGUAAACUGUCCACAGUUACUUCAGUAAGCAACUCAACAGAAGGUGAUGGAUUAAAAUGACUGCAACCUUUUUGCUUGGCAUUUCCAGCUGUGCCGCUCACCUUAAACUUUGAUCAGCCAUCAACCAUUCUUAGUCCUAUGCAAAUUAAUAAUUAAAUGGUUAAUGAAUUAACAAAUUGACAUCUGACAUCCAGCUACAGGAGACAGUUGACGGAGCAGCAGCUGCUGAAAAGUUCAAAGUACUUUUCCCAUGUUCCUAUUCUGCCAAAGAUUAUUAGGCCCGAGGAUGAGUGAAGAAGUGCAUCCUGGGAACUCUCUCAGAGCUUGGACCCCUCAUCCUUUAGGAUGCAUUUUAAAGCUCUAGAGAAAUGCAUUGGGUCUCCGGGUAUUGUUGUGUCUAAUAUAUGGACUCUCUUUCUUCAAUGGGUUCUGCUUUGGCACUGGGCUUCACUGCUGAAGUGAACUCAAUGUGCAGUGAGGUGUAAUGUUCCCUGGCAUCUUGCCACUUGGACAUACCAGCCUGACUCCUGGCAUUCAUUCCUGGCUUAAUUUCAUUCACCUCAGCUCAGCUAAAGGGGAUCUGUACGUGUUUUAAUGGCAAGAGGCUCUCCCAGGGACGGGCGUUUGUGUGUGUUCUUGUGUGUCUAAUGAGAACGCAAGGAGCACUUAGGAAGAGGCUCACAGCUGCAGACCGACCAAGACCCUCACCUGACCAAGCUCUUCCUCAUCAGUGUUGCCCACGUGAUCGUACUUGGCGAUGCCUCCAGCAACAGGCGGUCCGGUGGGGUACACCCCCCCAGAGGGAGGCUGGGGAUGGGCGGUGGUGGCAGGGGCCUUCAUCAGUAUUGGCUUUUCCUACGCCUUUGCCAAGUCCAUCACAGUCUUCUUCAAAGACAUCGAGGUGAUCUUCAACGCAACCAGCAGCCAGGUCUCCUGGAUCUCAUCCAUCAUGCUGGCAGUUAUGUAUGGCGGAGGACCAAUCAGCAGUAUUCUGGUGAACAAGUUUGGCAGUCGACCAAUCAUGAUGAUCGGAGGCUGUCUGGCUGGAUCAGGAUUGAUUGCUGCAUCCUUCUGCAACACAGUAGAGGGGCUGUACUUCUGUGUGGGAGUGAUAGGGGGUCUGGGCUUGGCGUUCAAUCUGAACCCGGCCCUGACAAUGAUCGGCAAGUACUUCUACAAGCGGCGACCCAUCGCCAAUGGGAUCGCCAUGGCUGGCAGCCCGGUCUUCCUGUCGACUCUGGCACCACUCAACAGCUGGCUGUACGACCGCUUCGGCUGGCGGGGCAGCUUCCUGAUCCUGGGCGGUGCGCUGUUCAACUGCUGCGUGGCCGGCUCUCUGAUGAGGCCCAUCGGGCCCAAACCCCAGCCGGCCAAUGCCAACCCAAAGGAAGACGGGGGUGCCAAGGAGCUUGAGAGAAAGACGAUGAUGCAGAAGGUGAACAGCUUCCUGGAUCUGACGCUCUUCAUGCACCGCGGCUUCCUGCUCUACCUCCUGGGCAACGUCAUCAUGUUCUUUGGCCUUUUCGCGCCGCUUGUCUUCCUCAGCAACUACGCCAAGAGCAAGGACAUCUCUAAGGAGAAGGCAGCUUUUCUGCUCUCCAUCCUGGCCUUCACAGACAUGGUGGCGCGUCCAUCCAUGGGCCUGGUGGCUAACACGCGCUGGGUGCGCCCACGCAUACAAUACUUCUUUGCCGCAUCGGUGCUGUACAACGGCGUGUGCCACCUGCUGGCGCCCCUCUCUGUGGACUACGUGGGCUUUGCCAUCUACUCCGUGUUCUUCGGCCUGGCGUUCGGCUGGCUGAGCUCUGUGCUCUUCGAGACGCUCAUGGACCUGGUGGGCGCACAGCGGUUCUCCAGCGCCGUGGGCCUCGUCACCAUCGUGGAGUGCGGCCCGGUUUUGCUCGGACCCCCGCUGCUGGGGAGGCUGAAUGACAUAUACAACGAUUACAAGUACACGUAUAUGGGCUGUGGCAUCGUCCUGGUCGUAGCCAGCAUCUUCCUGUUUGUGGGCAUGGGGCUCAACUACCACCUGCUGGACCGAGAGCGCAGGGAGGAGGAGAGGAAAGCCAGCCUGGCUGCCAAGGUCGCCGAGACCAAUGUGGACAACGCAGCCGACGUAGGCAUGCCACUCAAGCCAGCAGACGAGGACAGUAGUGUAUAACGUGCCGGAUACCCCUAACCCACACAGACGCACAUGGCUGCCAAAUAGCCAUGUUUUCCAGUACUGACCAUCUGCAAUAAAUGAGCACCGGACAAUUUUCUUUUACUUUAAAUGAGAAAUGUACAGACUAACGAGUCACCUAGGUCCACCUUUCCCGCUCUAAUCGUCCAUAUGUAAGCUUUGGAGCUCUGGACUUCCCUGCCCUAAUUUCACUACUUAUUCUGAGUUGCAGCUAAAAGAUUACUUCGCUGCUUGUUCUCUGUAUAACUUUUGUACCAUCAUUUACACACACUGCUACAAAAAAAAAAAAAAAAAAAAAAUCAUACACACUCCACCAGAGUAACACUUUUAUUCCCCACUAGAAGUAAAUGCUGUUGACCCAUCUGAGCCACCAUACAUAUGUACAUCUGUGUUUUGGGGCAUUUGUGUUCACGUUUGAAGUGCAGCUGCAAGUUGAGCUACGUGUAUUUAAACAUGUAUGAAACGGGUCUGGAAACGUGUACACGCAUCUUUCAAACCGGUGCAUUUACAAAUGUUGGCUCCAUCUGGAGCUUAGCUUUGGAAUUUUCUUUAGCUUACGUUGUGUGUUUGUGUAAGAAAUGAUACUCAGGCUGACUGCUUUUAGUUUAAAAAAAAAAAAAAAAAUUGUAAGAGAAACCACAAUUUGUCAGGAUAAAUGGUCCAGUGUCUUCAUUCUGAGUGGCAUUCGGGAUGAGUUUUUCCCCCUCACAAGUGUUCCUGACAUUUCUGCACAAUAGCCAUGCUGCCCUCUAGUGGUUCCCAGCAGUAAUCGGCACCAAGGAGAAUCACCUUUCUGGCUGGUACUUUUUAUAGUUAAUAACUUGCCAUGAUCGUAGCAAUAAUCUGGGUUUAGAUCUUUUGGUAUCGUGCACAAAUAUUUAUGGAUUUCCGUUUUGUUUCGUUAUUUCUCUCCAUGAGGAAUUUGCUACAUAGACACGAUAUUUGAAAGGCUGACCACAUUUGUCUCUUGGUAUUCAUAGUCCUGUGUGAAGGGUUGUAAGAUUUUUUUUUUUUUUUUUUGCCUUUUAACAAGGUGCCUUAUUUGUUGUGCCCUCUGGUUUAAACUUUAUAAAAGUUACAAGUCCAAGGCAUUUCUUAAAAUCUCCAGUAACAUAUUAAAUGCUAACAUUUUUAACCAUUUUUUAGAAACUGGUAUUCUUGCUUUUAAAUUUCCUAGUACGAUGGCAAGAUUUAUUUACUUGUGAUAUUCGAGACAGGAACCGCAGAUGCAUGACUGUAGCUCAAAUAAUGUUUGAGAACUGACUGAACACCCAAAUCCUCAACCUUCAGCCUCGAGAUAAAGGACCAAGGGUAUUUUUUUAACCUGUUAUGAUCAGAGCUGGUGUUGUGGCUUCGCUAGCAGGA